GAAGUGACGUCACUGCCCAGCCCCCAAGACAACAACCGGGGUUCAGUUCUGAUGUUAUGAAAACUCCUCAAUGAAAUGUUAAGUAACUGCCUGCUUCUUGAGCGUUACACAAGACCAUUGGAGAGGUUAGCCUCCGCUGCUCGAUCCGUCGGCCAAAAAAAAAAAAAAAAAAAACUCCAGGAAGUAAUCUGGAGUGAGCGAGGAAGACACCAGACAGCAUGGCCAAGAGGAGAAAGUGUGCAGAGACGGAGGCCGAUACAAAGAAGGCGAAGCAGAUGCUGAGUGCAGGAAGCAGAGGAGCAAAGACAAGAUGCAAGAAGGAAGAUCCAGAAAAUGUUGCCUCAGGGAAAGAGGAGAAGCUUGAGAGGAAAGUCAACCCCAAAUCCCGUCUGAGCUCAAAACGUGCAGCACGUAAUAAAUCCUCCUCCACCCCCAACGCUGACGGCAGAACCAGUAAGUACUUCCUGUCUGCGCUCGGGGAGCAGGUUAACAGUGAGGACGACUUUGACACGGGGACUGCUGCACCGCCCGUAGUUAAGGAGAGCGUCCAGAAACCAGUGGAAGACGAAGAAGAAAAAAUGGAGGACGACGAUGACGACAGCGAGGAUGAGGAUGAAUGGGAGGAAGUGGAAGAGCUGGCUGAGCCGCUGGGUCCGGUUGAACCCCCAGAGCCCGUCCUGCCCUCUCAGCCCGUGGAGAUCGAGAUCGAGACCGCAGAAGUCAGAAAGCAGAAGAAGAGGCAGGCGGAGUUUGAGACGUACCUCAAGCGAAUGAUGAAGAGGUACAAGAAGGACCUGCUGGUGGACACACACAAGGUCCACCUCCUGUGCCUUCUAGCCAACGGGAUGUUCCGCAACAGGCUGUGCAGCGAACCCGACCUGCUGGCCGUCGCUCUGUCGCUGCUGCCCCCACAUUUCUGCAAGGUGGCCAAAGAACGCAUGGACCAAAACUACCUCUCUGGACUCCUCAAAUGGUUUAGAGCAACGUUCACCCUCAACCCCGUUCUUCCCGUCGAGGAGCGUCCAGACCCUCAGGCUCUCCUGGAGAGGCGACUGGGAAGCCUCUCAGCCAGAGACCACCAGGAGAUGACCCAUCUUUUCCUGUUGUUCCUGAGGUCUCUCCAGCUCUUCUGCCGACUGGUGCUCUCUUUGCACCCGGUCCCGUUCAAGCCUCUGCCCGCCAAGUCCAAAGGAGCUAGAACAUCCACUGGUGCCCCAGAGCGCUGCCAGACAAGCCAGGAAAGCUCCAAGACCAACUCUCCUGAGACAAAAGCUCCUACAGGCACAAAGAGACCAGCCGGAGGCGGGAGAAUGAAAGGGGGCAGCGGAGGCAAGAAAGCAAAGAGGAAAGAAAUAAAGGAGGAGGAGGAGGAAGAGGAAGAGGAGAAGCCUGUGUUAUUGAGAGGGCAGAGACCAAAGAAUUCAAAGCGCCGCAGCGUCGCCUCAAAGGUCAGCUACAAAGAGGAGAGCAACAGUGAGGGCGGCGAGGACGAGGAGAUGAGCGAUGCCGAGGAAUUUCAGGAAAGCAGCGAGGAUGACAGCGAUGAUUUUGAGACCGAGACCAAAUCGGCAAAGCAGAAGAAGGGGAAUGGGAGGAGCACCGCCAAGACGACAAAGAGCAGGAACACCGGCGCUACAAAGAGCAGGAGCAGCGGUGGGAGACGGCAGGGGAAAGACGAGGACAGCGAGUGGGAGGAAGGUAAGGCGGAGGAGGACGAGGAGGGCGCGCCGACCAAGAGACGGAGCGGGCAGAAGAAAGAAGGGCCGGGAGGAGACGAGUGGCUAGAGGUCUACCUGGACAAGACGUCCGCGUGGGUCUGCGUGGACGUGGAGCACGGAGUCGGAGCGCCUCAACUCUGCUCCCAGAACGCCACGGCUCCCCUGACCUACGUGGUGGCCCUGGACGGAGACGGCUUCGUGAAGGACCUGGGACGGAAGUACGACCCUACCUGGAUGACGGCGUCCCGGAAGAGGCGGGUGGACGACGAGUGGUGGGAGGACACGCUGGAGCCGUUCAUGGGACCAGAGGACGAGAGGGACGAAAAGGAGGAGAAGGAGCUGCAGAAUAAGCUGCUGAACAAACCCCUGCCGAUCUCCGUAGCCCAGUACAAGAACCACCCGCUGUACGCCCUGAAGAGACACCUGCUGAAGUACGAGGCCAUCUACCCUGAAACCGCCACCGUCCUGGGCUACUGCAGAGGAGAGGCCGUGUACUCCAGAGAUUGUGUGCACACCCUGCACUCCAGAGAAACGUGGCUGAAGGAAGCCAGGACUGUUCGACUUGGAGAGGAGCCUUACAAGAUGGUGAAGGGCUUCUCCAACCGCUCCAGAAAGGCCCGCAUGAUGUCGGAGAUGAAGGAGGAGAAGGACCUUCCUCUGUUUGGAGAGUGGCAGACUGAAGAGUACCAGCCGCCCAUAGCUGUGGACGGAAAGGUCCCUCGUAAUGAUUACGGGAACGUAUACCUCUUUAAAGCCUGCAUGAUCCCAGUGGGCUGUGUUCACCUCAGGCUGCCCAACCUGCACCGCGUGGCCAGGAAGCUGAACCUGGAUGCUGCCCCCGCAGUCACAGGCUUCGACUACCACGGAGGAUACUCGCACGCCGUCACUGAUGGCUACAUUGUCUGUGAAGAGGAUGAGGAGAUUCUGCGCGCUGCCUGGGUGGAAGACCAGGCCAUUCAGAAGCAGAAAGAGAAAGAGAAAAAAGAAAAGAGAGCAAUAGCCAGUUGGACUCUGCUGGUGAAGGGCCUCCUGAUCAGAGAGAGGCUCAAGCAGCGCUACAGCCAGAAGAGCCAGGGCCUGGGGAGCCUUGCUCAUGCAGAGGACGCUGGAGGGUUCUCCUCUGAUGAGGAGGGGGUUGAAGGCGACGCUUCUGGAGCUAAGACAGCAUCUGAGACCCUGGCACUGUCCUGGCCCCAGAACAGACAGGCAGAGGGGGACACCAGUCCAGGCCAACAGAAGAAGAAGACGACUAAGCGACAGAAGAAGGGUCAAGAGAAACACUUAUUUCCCUUUGAGAAAGUUUAA